GCAUUCCAAAGGGCCAGGGCCGAGAAUCAUCCGGCAUCGUUCCACCGUGAUCCCGUUUCAACGCCAAAUCUCAUCCCCAUCUACUGACUGCAAAGCUUAGAAGCUCAAAUCGUCACAACCCAUCUCCACUCACCACCCCGACGUUACCACGCCAAUCAAGAUGUCUCCCCAGUCCAUCCUCCGCGCCAGCCCGCGCAUGGCCAACCUCAUGGGCCGCCGCAUGUUCCAUGCCACCCGAGCCCGUCUGUCCUCGCCUUACCACUACCCCGAGGGCCCCUACUCCAACUUGCCCUUCAACACCAAGACCAGAUUCUUCGCCGUGAGAUACUGGCUGUACUGCAUCACCGGCUUCUUCGCCCCCUUCGGUAUCGCCGGUGCGUCAUUUCCUCCGAUUCGCACCUUGCUCCCAAUAAUACUAACCAUCCCGUCACAGCUUGGCAAACCUACAAGCCCAAGGCAUAAGCAUUUGCACUUGCAUUGGUAUCUAGUUGGGGGUCUGGUGGGGUUCCUCGUGCAGUGCAUUGAAUAUGAUAGACGGGGCAUACCCACAGUCACGCUUGGAACCUGUACAUAUAUGAGCAGGACAAUAGAGCUCGAGGCCAAUUGCCGCAACGCAAUUUCAUAUGUCAACCUGAGUCCAAACGCAUCCACAGCAGGAGCCCAUAGCCGAGCCGCUCGCCUUGCAUGUCUUACCUGCCUCUGGCGAACGAGCGCUGACAAAGGAAGUGACCCCCGGCUGACUUUUGUUCAUGGAGUUUUCGAAUCCACACGCCAAUCAAGCUGAUUUAUAUUUGCCAAGUUGCUGAAAUCUAAUCAGGAAACUAAUAACUGCCCUUUCGUUUCCCGCCAUCUGUUGGCGUCGGAGCUAGGGAUUGGAGCGAUAGCGAGUGAUAUCUAACAGUUUCAUUUUCAAGUCUUGAGUACAGCAACGCAUUAGCUCGGCCUAUGACCAUGUUGGGCUUCAGCGUCGCUGGGUUGGCGCGGUCAUGACUCUUCUUGGCAUCCUUGUACGAAUUGGGACCUCUGGGCACGAUUAUGAUCAUCUUAAUGUCUGCCUGGCUUGCUUCUGCUUUUGUGCCUUUGAUUUCCAUGACAUCAUCUUAGUCGAACCUGACUAAGAAGUAGUAUGACCUGUCAUCACAGGUCCUGUUGGACAUUCAUACGAGACUGUUUAUUAUAUACAACUAAUUGUCCUCUAUAUCCAAG